AUGAGGAGCGAGAUGUCUGAGAUGGUCAGGUUUGAUGAAUCUACAGACAAGGAGAACUACGAUCCAUGUAUUAAGGAGUUUACGCCAACGAAGUCGAAACCUGCCAAGAGGUACAGUGCGUUGAAGGAGAUAGCAGAAAAGAGCGAACGAAGAGAGAGGAAGGAAGAGAAGCAUACUGAGGAGCGGGAGAUGGAUGUGUUUUUCUUGACAUUUCCUGGAUCACCAUUUAAGUCCAGGAGCAUGCGUGAGCUAUGA